AAAUAGUUGAAGACGAAAAAAAUUCUGAGCAGGGAUCGUGGAAAUAUUGCGGAAAUGUUUGGUGAAUAAAUUAAAGUGUGAAAAAAGAAUUAUCAGUGUAAAAUAGAAAAAAUAUACAACCAACAAAAUUUUUACCCAACGCAAAUGUAUUAUUUGCCAAGUUUUCGUCGACGGUGCGAAGAAAAACAUAUCAAAAGUGAGUCAGGUUUCUGGUCGCGCGGGUGCAACAGUCGAAAGGGCAAGACAACGUGAAAGCUUGAAAGGAAAAAUAUGUAAAAUUGUAAAAAAUCGGCGCGGCUGUAUGAAGCGAGAAAAAGUGAAAAAGCAAAAAUAAAUUUCACUAAAAUAACAAGUAGCAACAGCAAAUCGCAACAGUUCGUGGCGCAGUAAUAACAUUUGCAUUUCCAAUUCGAACCGAUAUAAUUCCGUCGUAUCCAUCAAUAUUUUUGAUCACAUACGGUCAUAAGUGUGAACGUGUUUUCCGGCGCUGGAACGCUGACUUGGUGGACGCGUAACACAUCGAGUAUACGCGAAAUAUGGGUGGUUGCAUUGGCAUACACAGCAACGAUAAUGAGACAGUCAGUGUGUCUUCUGCGAGCGUUUCGAGGCCAACAACAGCCGCGGGCGGCGGUCAAAUGGGCCCAUCGCGCAAAAAUCGACCCCUGUGCAAUGAGACGAUACGUUGGCGUUCCGAUGUGCCACUGACUGAGGGCCAACUGCGUUCGAAACGCGACGAAUUCUGGGACACUGCGCCGGCGUUCGAUGGUCGUAAAGAAAUUUGGGAUGCACUGCGGGCAGCUACAAAUGCGGCAGAAGAGCUAAAUUUCGAAUUAGCACAGGCAAUACUUGAUGGAGCGAAUAUCUCCGUGCCUAAUGGCUAAAGAGACUGGCCUUGGCCAGAUAUAGAUCUCGAUCGUUCCAAUUUUGUAGCCCCGAUUGUCGUCUGAAGCUGUUCGCUUUAUUAUUCAUCUUUAAUUGCCUUAAUCGCCAGUUGCUAUCAACGCCAACGUAAACAUCAACAAAACCACAAUAAAGGCGCCCAAAGCGACCGCAAGUAGUCGGCUGGGUGUUUUACUACUCUGUGCGCCGCUGCACACACACAUUACAACUGUAUGAAAUGUCAUUCAAUCGGCACUUCAUUCUUCCUACUGAUCCGCGACUGUGGGACAUUUAUAAGCUCAUUUGUUCUGACGCGCCCUUUAAUUAUGAUAGUGUUUGCCGUUAGCAGUGACUACCCCAAAUAAAGAGCUAAAAAUAAA